UGUUUUCUUAAUGAAAGAAUUCAGUGUGUGGGUUGGGGACACCUCAAAUAGUGUAGAAAGAUUCCAUACGUUAAGAAUUGACACUCAUUAUCUAUCUCCUGUUCUUUUUGGUCAAUCAUAUAACAAGCACACAAUCCUGUGUGUGAUUCCCUCUUACCGCUAGUGUCAGUUUCUAUGAUUUUUGGGAUGCGACAAGUUACACGUGACCUUUGAUUUUCGGUUGUUUGGUUGAAGACCAUUGUUCAGUAAAAAUGUAUUGUUUUCAUAGGCAUUCUGGAAGGAUAGCAUGUACCCAAAGAAAUAGGAAGCAGCGGCUUUGAAACCUGAGCAACGGACCUCGGCAACCCCAAUCCAACUUGGCUUAACUCAGCCUCACUGAUCCAGAUCCGACACUCUUGGCUCCAGGGGCCUGCUACAGCUCCCUAAUCCUUAGAAUCUUCUUCAGUUCCUCUAGAAUGCUGCGUCAGGCACUUCGCAGGUUUGGUCAAAAGCUGGUAAGCAAACGUCCGCUGGAGAAAGAAGUAUAUGAGUUUGAAUUUGGCAAAAAGCUAAGGACUCUGGAUUUAGUGGCCCUGGGUGUGGGCAACACAGUGGGUGUUGGUAUAUACUUCCUGGCUAAUGAGGUGGCCAGGAAUCAAGCAGGACCAUCCAUUGUGAUCUGCUUUUUGGUGGCAGGUCUAACAUCACUGUUGGCUGGGCUGUGCUAUGCGGAGUUUAGUGCCCGGGUUCCCCAUUCUGGCUCUGCAUAUCUCUACAGCUACAUCACUUUAGGUGAACUCUGGGCUUUCAUCUCUGGCUGGAAUAUCAUCCUCUCCCUUGUUGUUGAUGUAUUCAUUGUGGUCCAGGCCUGGAUCUUAAUUUUUGACAUCUUCAAUGGGAACCACAUCUCUGAGACCCAGCAAGAGAUCAUCUCACAGUAUGUUCCCCAAGUCACUGCAGAAAAUCUACGCUACUUUUUUGUCAUCUUUCCGGUUUUGGUCUUGGAACUGCAAUCUACGAGUUGGAGUGGGUUUGUCAUAGUUUUCAGACUGUUCACAUUGGUGAAGGUUUUGGUUCUCAGCUUUUUCAUCAUCUCUGGCUUCAUGAAGGGGGACUUGCACAACUGGAAACUCACAGAAGAGGACUACAUACAGGCUGGACUCAACGGCACCUCUAGCUUGGGCCCUCUGGGCUCUGGAGGAUUUGUCCCUUUUGGCUUUGAGGGCAUUCUCCGUGGAUCAGCUACCUGUUUCUAUGCAUUUAUAGGUUUUGGCAUUAUUGUUACCAGAGUCAGAAAAUCACACAAUCCCCAGCGUUCCAUCCCCACGGGCAUUGUGAUUUCACAGCUCAUCUGCUUUUUGCUAUAUUUUGGUGUCUCUGUGGCACUUACACUCAUGGUUCCUUACUACCAGCUUCGACCUGGGAGCACCUUGCCUGAGGCAUUUCUUCAUAUUGGCUGGGUCCCUGCCUAUUAUGUUCUAGCUUUUGCAAUUUUCUGUAGUAUUCUUGUCAACACCUAUUGGGGCUUUAUGUUCCGUAUACAUCGGAGGAUAUGCAUGAUGGCAGAGGACAACAUCUUGUUCCCUUUUCUUGCCAGGAUCCAUACUAACACAUAUGCCCGUAUCAUAUCCACUGUGACCUUUGGCAGUAUUGCAACAAUCAUGGUAUUCUUCUUUGGACUCACUGAUCUUCUGCACUUCACAUCAUUUGAGGCCUUGAUAUCUUAUUCGCUGGUAGCUCUUUGUGUUCUCAUCAUCAGGUAUCAGCCUGAGAGGAGGAAGGAGGAAAAUCAACCAGAAGUGCAGGAAGAGAAUGGGCAAAUUGAAACAAAAUUACAGGAAGAGAAUGAGGAAAAUGAAACAGAGGUGCAACAGGAGAAUGGGGGAAAUGAAAUACAGGUGCAGGGGAAAACUGUACAUGCAAUAGAGAAGCUGACUCUCAGGAGACUAUUUUUUCCAGGCAGCCCCACCCCCACUCCACUCUCUGGCCAGAUUGUCUAUGUUUGCUCCUCACUGCUUGUUCUGCUGCUGAUUCUCCUCUGCCUGGUGCUGGCCCACUGGCCAAGUCUGCUUUCUGGAGACCCAGUGCCGGUUUCCAUGGUUGUGCUGCUCCUGGUGCUCAUCACUGGGAUCACUGGGGUCAUCUGGAGACAGCCACAGAGCUCCACUCGCCUUCAAUUUAAGGUCCCUGCUGUGCCUCUCCUCCCACUCUUGAGCAUCUUUGUGAAUGUUUGCCUUAUGAUGCAGAUGUCAGCUGUCACCUGGGCCUGGUUUGGUGUCUGGAUGCUGAUUGGGUUUGCUCUCUACUUUGGCUAUGGGAUCCAGCAAAGCCUGGUUACUUGAUCCCACUUAAAGGCCCAAACUGUAGGCUCAACAGUGAACUCAGAAGUACCAGUACAUAUUUGGCUUGACAUCAUCACCGGUGAAUGCAGACUGGCUCCCCUACACAAUAAUGGGGAGUACUCUUGAGCACAUGGAAAGCUAGGGCUCCUAUGAGAUACUGGUGGGGGAAUACUAAUAGAGCUUUGUAUUUAUGAUAUAGUAAAGGAUGUGUCUUUGCUCUUCCCCCCUCCUUUUUUCUUACUUUCUACUUUAAAAAAAUAUUUUAUUUAUUGAUUUGAUAGAGAGAGAGACAGCUAUAGAGGGAACAUAAGCAGGAGACAUGGCAGGCAGAGGGAGAAGCAGGCUUCCCACAGAGCAGAGAGCCUAAUGCAGGGAUCAAGCCCAUGACCUGGGAUCAUGACCUGAACUGAAGGCAGAUGCUUAACUAACUGAGCCACCCAGGCACCUGUAAUUUCUACUUUGCCUUUGUGUCCAUAGUUGCUCACUGGCUUUUACAAAAGUAGUAUUAAAAGAAACUUGAAACACA